CUCAGCUCCUGGCUGCUGGCACCAAGGCUCACUAACAGCAAGCAGAAUGGCCUUUCAAUCUGUGCUCUUUGUUUUCUUAGCUGGACUGGUAUUUUUCUCUGAAGCUGCACCAUUGGUGUCUCAUGGCUCUGUUGAUUCCAAAUGCCCUCUUAUGGUGAAAGUGCUGGAUGCAGUCAGAGGAAGUCCUGCGUCUGAUGUAGCUGUUAAAGUUUUUAAACAGGCUGAAGAUGGAAGCUGGCAGGAUUUUGCUGUUGGGAAAACCACAGAAUUUGGGGAGAUUCAUGAGCUCACGACAGAAGAACAGUUUGUAGAAGGAAAAUACAUGGUGAAGUUUGACACCAGCUCUUACUGGAAGGCUCUUGGGCUCUCUGCCUUCCAUGAAUACGCUGAUGUGGUGUUCACUGCUAAUGACUCCGGUCACCGCCACUACACCAUUGCCGCUCUCCUCAGCCCUUUCUCCUACUCAACCACUGCUGUUGUCACUGAUCCCCAGGAAUAAACAUGUACUGUCUUUUCACAAACACUUUCCUCCACUAGAACUAUCAUAGGCUUUCAGGAGGAAGGUUUUCCUACUGCUAAUGCAUAACUUUUUGCUAUAUUAGUUGUUGUUUUUUUCCAUUUUGUAACCUGGCAAACUUCAGACAAGUGAAUAAAAUAUUACUUUAAAACA